UGAAAUAAUCGUUGAGUGGCUGAAGAGCAUCAUAAGGUGGUUCUACUAAAGAGCCGCUGUGUGCCGACUCGAGCGUUCAUUGCAACCCAUUACAGAAAUGGAAUACUAUCAAGUCAAAUUGCACUAAAGACACAGGACAUUGUACAUAACUCUGAACCCAGGAAAGUGUGCGUCCAUGCUCUGCAAGGGAUUCUAGUAGCGAUAACAUUGACAUGAAGCAUUGCAAGCGGAGUGUUGCGUAAAGUAACCGGGAGCAGGACCAGAGGGACGGUGAGUGUGUGGGUCUGUACCCCGGGCCGGUCCUAUGGUGGCCGGCCGAAUCCUGGCCAUGGGCAACGGUUCUAUCAAAGCCCCGCGGGCGGAGCACAACAUCUGCCUGUGCAACAGAGACCCCGCCGGCUGGGAUGUGGAGCCCCUGAGACUACGUAUCACCCACCUGGAGGAGAAGCUUUCCCAGCGGGAGAAGGACUUCCAGGUGCAGGAGCUGCAGAUGCGUCUCCUCCGGCAGGAGCUGGAUGCCAAAACCACUCAGGUGGAAAAGCUCCAGGACGCUAUAGGCUGCUACAGCCACACCAACGGCCACCUGGUGGGGACUCUACCCACACCACACACCCCCCCGCUGCCCCUGGCCAGUGUCAUCGACCAGGGCUCCAGUAGCAGGUUCCACCGGGUGGCCGUAGAGGUCCACCGGCGCCUCAAGGCCAAGGAGGGGGUGUCGGCCGAGCCCACCUCAGGGGCCUACUCUGGGGGUGGAGGAGGGGGAGGUGGGGGUCGGGGGGUCUCUACCGCGGAGAGGGCUGUGGUCCGCAAAGACUCCAAUACCAAAAGGCUUAUCAACGCUGCGAUGGUGAAGAAUGACUUCCUGAAGAAGCUGGAGCCCCAGCACCUGAGGGACAUGGUGGACUGCAUGUACCCCAGGAAGUACACCCAGGGGCAGCUCGUCAUCCAGGAAGGGGAGCCUGGGAACUACCUCUACGUGCUCGCAGAGGGUCUUCUGGAGGUCAUCCAGAAUGGUAAACUGCUUGGAGAGAUGCGUCCAGGGACCGCCUUCGGAGAACUGGCGAUAUUGUACAACUGUAAAAGAACCGCCACCGUCAAAGCUGUGUCCUGCGCUCUCAUCUGGGCGUUGGACCGGCAGACCUUCCAGAGCAUCAUGAUGAGGACCACUAAGGCUCGCCAUGAAGAAUACUUUAACUUCCUACGCAGUGUUUCUCUGCUUAAGGAACUACCUGAGGAAAAGCUGGCAAAGAUCGCUGAUUGCCUUGAAGUUGAUUAUUUUAAUAGAGGAGAGUUUAUUAUCCGAGAGGGAGAAGAGGGUAACACUUUCUUCAUCAUAGCAAAAGGAGAGGUGUCGGUCACCCAGACCACAGAGGCCCACAGUCAGCCCAAGGAGAUCAAAACGCUGGGCGUGGGAGACUACUUUGGAGAGAAGGCCCUCAUAAGCGAAGAUGUCCGCUCGGCCAAUAUCGUCUGCAACACCAACGACACCCAGUGCCUGGUGGUGGACAGAGAGAACUUUAACCAGAUGGUGGGAACGUACGAGGAACUGCAGGCUUAUCUGAAGGAAUACGUAGAGGAACUCUCCCGCAGCGACGUGAAGAGAAACGCUUUGCCCCAGUCCCCGCAGGCAGACUCCCCGACGCAGCAGGAGUGGCGUCGGCUGCAGGACCGCCUGGCCCUGCUCCCCCACCACAUGCCCUUCCAGAGGCUGGAGGUCAUCGCCACCCUGGGCGUGGGGGGCUUCGGUCGCGUUGUGCUGGUGAAGCUGGAGGACGAGAGCUCCACCUUCGCCCUGAAGUGCAUCAAGAAGAAACACAUCGUGGACACCAGGCAGCAGGAACACAUCUACUCUGAGAAGAACAUCCUGCAGCUCACCAACUCACCCUUCAUAGUCAGGUUGUUCCGGACCUUCAGGGAUGACAGGUGUGUGUACCUGCUUCUGGAAGCCUGUCUGGGAGGAGAGCUGUGGAGUGUGCUUAGAGACGUGAACUUCUUUGAUGACCCGACGGGCCGGUUCUGCAUCGGCUGUGUGCUGGAGGCCUUCGAGUACCUCCACAUCCGGGGCAUCGUGUACCGGGACCUGAAGCCAGAGAACCUUCUGCUCGACUCGGAGGGCUACGUCAAAAUGGCAGACUUUGGCUUCGCUAAGAGGAUCGGCCUGGGGAAGAAGACCUGGACAUUCUGCGGGACCCCGGAGUAUGUGGCCCCGGAGGUGGUCAUGAACAAGGGCCAUGACUUUGGGGCCGACUGCUGGUCCCUGGGAAUUCUCAUCUUUGAGCUGCUCACUGGAAACCCGCCGUUCUCCGGCACAGACCCCAUUAAGAUCUACACCAUGGUGCUCCACGGCAUCGAGAAGGUCGACUUCCCCAAGAGGAUCGGCAAGCGGCCGGAUGACCUCAUCAGGAGACUCUGCAGGCUCAACCCGGUGGAGAGACUAGGUAACAAGAAGAACGGCAUCCUCGACAUUAAGAAGCACAAGUGGUUCCAGGGCUUCAACUGGGACGGCUUGCGGCACCAGAGGCUUGUAUCCCCCCUGAAGAGAGAGGUGCGAGGGCCGUUGGACCACAGCCACUUUGACGUGUUCCCCCCUGACCUGGAGGAACCCCCAGAGGAGCUGUCUGGCUGGGACAAAAACUUCUGAAGACCUCCAUGCUAUUCCUGGGUCUGCUGCGCCAGAAUCAGACCUUGAACAAAACAGACAUUCUGCGGCUUUUAAAACACCACAAACACGGAAGUUGUCCUUCCUGCUGUAGAUGAAGAAGUGCAGAAUUUUACUGAAUUGUUUAUGGGAACAUUUUCCUAAAUUCCCUCUCUUUUGAUACUGUAUACACCAUUUCUCAGACAAUGGGUUUGACAACUCAAAUCAACUUUUUUCUACAUGGGAUCUUUUGUACUAAUAGUAUUCAUACGUAUAUUUGACAGCGUGGGCCUGGCUUGCUCUGAGAGCUAUGCUCCCUUGGAGGUCAUGAUAUCCUACUUGUGUGCGAGUCUAUAUUGUUGUGAGCUUGUGGCUUUUGGGAUAGCUAUUAUUUGAAUUGGUUAUUGAGACAGAGACAGCCGGUCCUACUGGAAGGAGGCUCAUUGGCUGGGUCAGAGGACGUAGAGGCACAGAUGCAUAGCAUCAGACCUGAAUGUAAUGAACACACAAGCAACGGAUUGACCUGAAGUGCCAAAAAUGAAGAACAGGCCAAUGCCUAAAACGCACUAUGUAUGACUAUGUGUGUAUCACAUAAGUUGUUGAAGAAACCUGUCCACAACUAGGACUAGAAUCUUUUCAAAGAUGACCACUUUUUUAAGGACUAGUCAUCCUUCACACCUGAGCGACGGUUUGAAGGAAUUUUCUUCUGUAUUUUUGUCCUAAAUUAGCAAUUUGCUAAUGCCUAACUGUAUUUCUAAAUGUGAUUUUCAUGUUGAGGAUGAAAAUAUAAUUAAAAUGUUUCUUUAAAACGA